CACUAUACACAUACAUUAAAAUACAUGGAUUACGAAAUUGCGGGUUUACUUAUUUCCCUUUUGCUUUGUGUUGCAUGGGCAAUGGUGACGAAGCGGAAGCACCGCCGAUUGGAAGAAUUGGGCCGGCUUCCGCCAGGGCCACGAUGGUGGCCGGUGGUCGGCAAUAUCUUCCAACUAGGUUGGGCACCGCACGUGUCCUUUGCAAAACUUGCUCGUAAGCACGGUCCCAUCAUGACCCUCUGGCUCGGCUCCAUGAGCACGGUCGUCAUCUCAUCCGCCGAAGUGGCCCGCGAGAUGUUCAAGAACCACGACGUGGUACUUGCUGGCCGGAAAGUUUACGAGACUAUGAAAGGGGACUUCGGUAACGAAGGGUCCAUCAUUACGUCUCAGUACGGACCCCACUGGCGGAUGUUGCGGCGGCUGUGCAUUACGGAGUUUUUCGUGCCCAGCCGUCUCGACGCCAUGCGAAGUGUUCGAGGAAGAUGCAUAGACCGCAUGGUGCAGUAUAUAGAAGACGCUAGUGCAGGCGGUACUACCGCCGUUGACGUGCGGAGGUUCUUCUUCUUGAUGUCUUUUAAUCUGAUUGGAAAUCUUAUGUUUUCGAAAGAUUUAUUAGAACCCAAAUCGGAGGGAGGGGCGAAAUUCUUUUACCAUGUAGGGAAAGUGAUGGAGCUUGCCGGAAAGCCAAAUAUUGCUGAUUUUGUUCCAAUCCUUAGGUGGCUUGACCCUCAAGGUUUAAGGAGGAAAACCCAAUUCCAUGUCGACAAAGCGUACGAAAUUGCAGGAAGUUUCAUCAAAGAAAGAAUGGAGAGCUUGGAACAUGGUGGAAUACAUAAUGAAGCAGAGAGGAAAGACUACUUGGACGUGCUUUUGGAGUUCCACGGAACCGGUGCGGAGGAACCGUCAAGAUUUUCCUCCAGAACCAUCAACGCCAUCGUCUUUGAGAUGUUCGCGGCGGGUACUGACACGACAGCAAGUACUCUAGAGUGGGCUAUGGCGGAGCUUCUGCACAACCCAAGAGUUCUAAAGAAAGUUCAAGCCGAGUUGAGGAGUAGAGUAUCUGCCGGAAAGAAGCUGGAAGAGAACGACGUAGAAAACCUUCCAUAUCUCAAAGCAGUGAUAAAGGAAACUCUAAGGCUUCAUCCGCCGCUGCCGUUCUUGGUUCCACACAUGGCCAUGGAUUCUUGUAGGAUGCUAGGCUACCAUAUCCCGAAAGAAACACAAGUUCUGGUGAACGUUUGGGCGAUCGGACGUGACCCCAAGACCUGGGAGAAGCCGACGGAGUUCAUGCCGGAGAGGUUCUUGGAGCCGAACGCGGUGGAGUACAAGGGGCAGCAUUACGAGUUUAUACCGUUCGGCUCGGGGCGGAGGAUGUGCCCCGCCAUGCCUCUUGCCUCCCGGGUGCUGCCGUUGGCGCUGGGCUCGGUUUUGUACGCGUCUGAUUGGGCCUUGGAUGAUGGGCUUAGGCCCGAAGAUAUGGACAUGACAGAGGGGGUGGGUAUUGCGCUCCGAAAAUCUGUUCCCUUGAAGGCCAUACCAAUGCCUUUCAGAGGGUCUCUCUAGGCCCACUGAAAUUAUGAAUAAAAACUUCUUAAGGUU